AUGGCAAUAACCCUAGCAUACCCUGGGGGAGGAAUGAUGGGAGGCGGCAAAAUGGGUAAAGGUGGCAUGAUGAGAGGAGGCAUGAUGGGAGGGGGCAAAAUGGACGGAGGAGGCAUGAUGGGAGGCGGCAAAAUGGGAGGAGGCAAGAUGGGUGGAGGCGGCAUGAUGGGAGGAGGCAAGAUGGGUGGAGGCGGUAUGAUGGGAGGAAGCAAGAUGGGUGGAGGCGGAAUGAUGGGAGGAGGCAACAUGGGUGGAGGCAGAAUGAUGGGAGGAAGCAAGAUGGGUGGAGGCGGCAUGAUGGGAGGAGGCAAGAUGGGUGGAGGCGGCAUGAUGGGAGGACGCAAGAUGGGUGGAGGCGGAAUGAUGGGAGGAGGCAACAUGGGUGGAGGCAGAAUGAUGGGAGGAAGCAAGAUGGGUGGAGGCGGCAUGAUGACAGGAGGCAAGAUGGGUGGAGGCGGCAUGAUGACAGGAGGCAAGAUGGGUGGAGGAGGAAUGAUGAGAGGCAGCAAAAUGGGUGGUAAAAGCGGAUAA